AAUGCUUUCGAUAUCCCAUGUGCCUGUUUUUGCUUUAUGUGAUACUGGUGCUACCCAUUCGUUUAUCUCAUCUCGUUGUUUGGAGACCUUAUCUAUUAGCAUGGUGAGUCCUUGUGAUCCUCUCGAGGUUAGUCUAGCCUCGGGAAAAAUUAUUAUCUCUGAUUCAGUGGUUCGCAAUCUUCCUAUCUGUAUUGGUGGUCGAGUUCUGGAGGCCGACGUCUAUGUUAUUGAUAUGCGAGACUUUGACGUGAUCUUGGGCAUGGACUGGCUCACCC